CAUGGAAGCACCUGGUAAAGACCUCCACAGUCAGUGAACAUUGCAUUCGCUCUUAAUUGACGAUCUACAUCUUUAUAUUUCACCUAUAUUCAACAGAUUACAAUCUCAUAUGAUCUAAAUUUGCUUUUACAACGUUGUGGAUUCAGAUUGUCUGUCUUCGACUGGUGGGGUGGAUGUGAUCACGCAAACCGAUGAAGCUCGGCUGAUCUUACUAAUAGGAUUCCUUUUUCACAUCUGACAAGCGGAAAGAAUGUCGGAAAGGGCCGAUGAUGACGUCAGGGGGGAACAGCGCAAAGCGGCCAGGCAGCCAAAGCAGCAACAGCAGCAGUUCCAGCAGGGAGAAGGCUGUACAGCAAUGGCGACUGUAGGGGAGCGUAGAUCUCUGCCCAGUCCAGAAAUCAUGUUGGGACAGCCGUGGAGCAACUGGGUCGAUGCUGCUAAACUCCACGGGAACGACGGUGCAGAAUCAGAAGAAAGUUUGAAAGAGUGCGGGAAAAAUCGAGAAGCUAUGAGGCUCUGUAGAGACGAUAUGCCCAUAUUUGGCCAGUGUCCCGCACAGGACGAUUUCUACCUGGUGAUGUGCAGCCACUGCAGUCAGGUAGUCAAGCCACAGGCCUUUCAAGCACACUACGAGAGGAGACACGGCCCAAUCAGCAAGCCCGCCCUGGCCAGCACGUUGUCCUCGGCCUACCCCAUGCCCACGCUGUCGUCCAGGGGCAAGGGCGGCGGGGGCUCGGGGGCCACGGGCCCAGGGGUCGGCCGCUCUGCCACCGGGAACGGAGCGUCCUCCAACUCCAAAAUCCUCAAACCCAAAGACAAGCUGCCUGUUCACGGGAGGCCACAGUUCCCCAUCAAGGUGCCUCACAACAAAAUCCUGACUCCUGCGGUCAACGUGGAGAAGAUGCCACUGCGGGUGGACCUGUCGGCCAAGCUGGUCCACGUGCCCACGUCCAGCACCACUGUGAGCUCGCCCAUGAAGCCCGGCCUUAACUGUCCCUCCAUACCAAAGGCGCCCCUGCUGGCCCCGGGACAGAUCCCCAACGGGAAGAGCCUCCCGCCACUGGACAAGAAGCAGGACGACAACGCCAGUACCAAGAGACAACUGCACAAGAGACCCUCAGAGCGGGAGUUUAACCCUGAUGUCCACUGUGGGGUGGUGGAUCUGACGGCACGGAAGCCAUGUACGCGCUCUCUCACGUGUAAGACACAUUCCUUAACCCAGCGGAGGGCAGUGUUGGGUCGGAGGAAGCGCUUCGACACUCUGUUGGCGGAGCAUAAGAGUAAAGCCAGGGACAAGGAGCUGCUGCGUAGCUCGGAGUACCCCCAGCAGACCCCCGCUCUCAGGGACCCUCACCCGUCGCCCUCCCGCCUCAUGCAGGACCCCCACCAGGUCCCUCACAGCAACAGCACCGCUGCCGACAGCAAGCCUUCAGCGCCCAGCAAACCCAAACCUCACAAUCUUGGUCUUCCACGACUGAACAGCAGUUCUUCGCACCCCAGUGGGACCCCCCAGGGAGACCCGGCCCUGUCCCACGAGCCUCCCCACCACAGCGUGCCCACCACAGACGGGGCGUCCCGCUUGUCCAGCGACGAGGGGGAGCCCGAGGAGAAGGAGGAGUGCCCAGAGAAACUGGACUGCCACUAUUCAUCCCAUCACCCUCGACCCGCAGCUAUCUGCUCGUUUGGGAGUCGAUUGUUUGGGAGAAGCUGCUAUGCAUUUGACCGACGUUGGGAUCGAGUUCGGUGUGUGCUCAACGCCAUGGUGGACAAGCACGUCAAUGCCCAGAUGUGGAGGAAAAUUCCCCCGGCCUCAGAGAUCUCCUCCUCCUCCUCCUCCUCCAAUGCGGCUCACAGGACAAGCACAAACUCUCUGCCCACCUCCCACACCAACGUCAACUCCACAGGGUUCCUCAGCCCGACCUCGGCCGUGUCCUCUCCCUCCUACGCGCAGUCCCUGUCGUAUGGGACCACCCUGAACGCCCGUGCCUCCCCCCUCAGCCCCGCCGACCACCCCGCCUACAACGCGCUCUCCAGACAAGUGUCUUCGUCGCCCCAGAUGCCUUCGGGACACUCGGCCGUCCCCUCCCCCCUUUCCAGCAGAGGGCCCAAGGCCCGACCCAGCAGCAAGCCCUUCAGGUCCCGCGAGACCCCCGUCCCCAACUCCAACUCCAACUCCAACAGCAGCAGCACCGUGGGCAAGAAGAGGAAGAACAGCUCCCCGCUGCCCUCCCACACCCCCUACUCCACCGAGUCAUCCUCCUCCUCCUCUUCCUCCUCGUCUUUGUCAUUCAAGAGAAACUGUGUGGUGAACUCGGGCGGCUCAGGGAGCGUGUUCCACCCGUCGCUCACGUCCUCUUCCUCCUCCUCCUCCUCGUCCUCCUCAUCUCACAGCGGCGUCCACAGCGUGGGGCUCAACUGCGCCCCCGGCAGGACCAACUCUCUCAGCCUCAAGCAGGACCAAUCAGGGAGGGGACCCCCGAGCGGGACCCCGGCCGAGUCCAUCAAGCGCAUGAGCGUGGUGAUGAACAGCAGCGACUCCACGCUGUCGCUGGGGCCCUUCGUGCACCAGGCCGUGGAGCAGCCCGGCUUCUCGCACGGCCACGGACACGGCGCACUGGAGGGGAAGAGGCGCAAGGGCUCCCCCGGGUCCAGCGCCAUCAACAGCAGCGGCGGGGGGGGAGGGCCGGGACCCGGGCGGCCCAAAAUGGGCAGGCCGUCCGUCGUCAACAACAUCCACGGCAAACACGGCCGGGCCAUCCCAGGGACGCAAGGACUCCCCAACAACUCGCUCAUACAGCAGCCAAAGGCACGUCCCUGACAGUUGUAUGGCCCUCUCUGCACAGAACUGGACAAUGCAAGCAGAACAGUACCAGCUGUGGUACUCUGAACUGCACGAGGCCUUUUGUGUUAAUCUCAGCUUCCCAUGAUCCUCAGGGGUGGAGAUCCCACCGGACAGUCGGUGACAUCACGGAAAUUCCCCAAAGCUGUGCCGCCACAGGGGACGCCGUGUAGACUGGA